GUCCAGCCGGAUACCUUCCCGCCGAAGUUCUCCUUAUAUGUUGCUUUGACCUUCACGUGUGCCACUCUUCCCAUCGCUGUGAGUCCACAUUUGACGAUCGGCACGUGGAGUGUUAAUGGACGUGUCUGGAAAUCGUGGUUGGAUAGGUUGCUGAACGAGUACAGCUUCUUUCCGGAGUACUACGAUGUACAGCUGAGUGCCUACGGGACUACGAACUUCAGAGUGUUUCAACGAAGGCUGCGAGAGCGCAUAUGCUCUUUGCAGGAGCGAUUGGACAACUCUAGUCGCCUCGUUCCCAUGGCGCGUUGCGACACAAUUCAUGUGACGUGGAAUACGCUCGUCUGGGAUGAUGACGACGCGGCGGUGCCUGACGCUCAUAGCGAAGCUCCAGGCCACACUCUGCCCGACGUCACCGGCCCGGAGCCGCAGCCCUCCCACAACACCAGUGUCUGUGAUGCAUUGGUUUAA